GAUGUUUUACCACUUGAUUGAAUUCGAGGCGAAGUUUCCUUCGAUACGAUUUAAUGUUUUAUGUUUUGCAGAUAUAAUUAUAUACACUUCUGGAUAAGCUGGUUGAAAAAUUUUUAAUCAUGAUUCAGCUUAAUAAAACUUGCUUCUUUGGAUCCCUUAUCGUAACCGCUGCUAUAGCUCUUGAUAUAGAAAUUAACCUAGAUCAGAAAAUGGAUGAUCUUUUAUCUUCGUUAAGAAGUCAUCAUGUAGUUAUUCCCAUUGCAAUCGAUGAAAAUCGAGAUUUUCUCGGUUAUAAUUUGAGACAGUCUGAAAAAUUAUCAGAUGCUAUAUAUAUUUAUUAUAAACUAAAAUUAGAAGAUAAAAUUUAUUUUUUUAAUUUAACUAAAAAUCGUAAAUUGAUUACUGGUAAUUAUAUAAAAGAAGUAUGGGAUAAUAAUGGAAGGCGAAUAAUAGAAGAUGCAGAUUCGAAAGACUGUCAUUAUCACGGAGAAGUAAAUGAUGAUGAAGAAUCUUUCGUAGCUCUCAGCAUUUGUGAUGGACUGGGAGAAGAAGAAGAAGAAGAAAAAAAAAAAGUUAAAGUGAUACAGUGUUAUAAUUCGGUUUCUUUUAUAGAACAUAAGGUAAUAAUUGAUUUAGAUAAGAACAGUUCUUAA